AUAUUUGAUAAACUGAUAAAGUUGUUGUUCAUACUUCAUACUCAUACAUAGCUUAUUAUUCCACAUUUUUCUACUUAUUAUAAUUAUAAUCUUCUUACAACCGUUGACUUCAUCAAAACUCAAAAUCAACCAAUGUAUUCAUCAUCAUCAUCUUCAUCCACCAAUCCACAAUACCUUCAUGACGUAUUCAUAAAUUUCAGAGGUGAAGACACACGCAGAACAUUUGUUUCACAUCUUUAUGCAGUCCUCUCAAACUCUGGAAUCAACACUUUUCUCGACAACGAAAAGCUCGAAAAAGGCGAAGAAAUUGGACAUGAAUUACUUCAAGCAAUUACUGUUUCUCAUAUAUCAAUCAUUGUUUUCUCAAAAAGUUAUGCUGAAUCUAGUUGGUGUUUAAAUGAAUUGGAUAAAAUUAUGGAAUGUCGUAGAACUCAAAGUCAAGUUGUUUUACCUGUUUUUUAUGAUGUUGAUCCUUCUGUUGUUAGACAUCAGAAAGGUGAAUUUGGUAAAGCUUUGGAAGUUAGUGCUAAAAGUAGGUAUAUAAUUGAGGAAGUUAUGGAAAGAGUUUUGAAUAGAUGGAAAAAAGUUUUGACUGAAGCUUCUAAUUUGUCUGGUUGGGAUGGAAGCACUUUCAGGAGUGACCGUGAAUUAGUGAAUAAAAUUGUUGAGGCCAUUUUACCAAAACUAGACAACAGUACCUUGCCUAUAACUGAAUUUCCAGUUGGGUUGGAAUCCCAUGUGAAGCAGGUGGUUGGGUUGAUUGAGAAACAAGCGGGCAAUUUUUGUAUAGUAGGGAUCUGGGGCAUGGGAGGAUCAGGCAAAACAACUGUAGCCAAAGCUGUCUACAAUGAAAUUCAUCGUAGAUUUGAUUGUACAAGUUUCAUCGAAAAUAUAAGGGAAGUUUGUGAACAGGAUACUAGAGGGCAUAUGCAUUUACAACAACAACUUCUUUCAGAUGUCCUCAAAACAAAGGAGAAGAUACAUAGCAUUGCGUUGGGGACAACUAGGAUCCAAAAAGUGGUUUCUGGAAAAAAAGCACUCGUGGUACUUGAUGAUGUGACCGAUUUUCAGCAAAUAAAAGUCCUAUGUGGGAAUAAUAAAUGUUUUGGUUCUGGAAGUGUGUUAAUUGUUACAACCAGGGAUGUACACAUACUUAAGUUACUUAAAGUUGUCUCUGUCUAUAAAAUGGAGGAAAUGCACAAAAACGAGUCCCUUGAGCUAUUCUCUUGGCAUGCUUUUAGAAAAGCAAGUCCUAAAGGAGGCUUUAGUGAACUCUCAAGAAGCGUGGCUGCUUAUUGUGGAGGGUUACCAUUGGCUCUUGAAGUCCUUGGAUCCUACUUAUUUGAUAGGACAAAACAAGAAUGGACAAGUGUACUAUCGAAGUUAGAGAGAAUUCCCAAUGAUCAAGUGCAUGAGAAGCUGAGAAUAAGCUAUGAUGGUUUAAAGGAUGAUAUGGUAAAGGAUAUAUUUCUUGACAUAUGCUGUUUCUUUAUUGGUAAGGACAGAGCCUAUGUUACAGAGAUACUUAAUGGCUGUGGACUUUAUGCUGAUAUUGGAAUAGCCGUCCUCAUAGAUCGGAGCCUCCUAAAAGUUGAGAAGAAUAACAAGAUUGGAAUGCAUGAUUUAAUAAGAGACAUGGGAAGAGAAAUUGUUCGCGAAAGUUCAGCAAGAGAGCCAGGGAAGCGUAGUCGAUUGUGGUUACACGAGGAAGUACAUGAUGUUUUGACAAAAAAUACUGGAACAGAAACUGUUGAGGCACUGAUUUUGAACAUGCAAAGAACAGGCAGAGUUAGCUUUAGUACUAAUGUUUUCCAAGACAUGAAGAAACUGAGACUUUUACAACUUGAUCGUGUUGACCUCACUGGAGAUUUUGGGCAUCUUUCCAAAAACCUGAGAUGGGUCAAUUGGCAACGAUCUACCUUCAACUCUGUACCCAAUGACUUUGAUCAGGAAAAUCUCGUUGCUUUUGAAUUAAAACAUAGCAAUGUUAAACAAGUUUGGAAGGAAGCCAAGUUUUUGCAGAAGCUAAAAAUUCUCAAUCUCAGUCAUUCCAGGCACUUGCAAAGCACCCCUGACUUUACAAAAUUACCGAAUCUAGAAAAACUCAUUAUGAAGGAUUGUCCAAGUUUAUCCGAUAUACACCCGUCCAUUGGAGAUCUCAAGAAUCUUCUUCUCAUAAAUUUGAAGGACUGUUCAAGUCUUGUCAAUCUCCCAAGAAAGAUGUAUAAAUUGAGAACAGUGAAAACUCUCAUCAUUUCUGGUUGUUCAAAGAUCGUCAAAUUGGAAGAAGAUAUAGCGCAAAUGAAAUCCUUGACAACUCUAAUUGCAGCAAACACUGGUGUCAAACAAGUGCCUUUUUCGAUUGUUAGAUCAAAAAACAUUGGAUAUAUAUCCCUAUGUGGAUAUGAAGGAUUAUCACGUGAUGUUUUUCCUUCUAUCAUUUGGUCUUGGAUGUCACCAACAAUGAAUUCCUUAGCACGUAUUCCCCCAUUUGGUGGCAUUUCAAUGUCUCUUGUUUCCUUGGAUGUAGAUAGUAAGAAUUUGGGUUUAAUCUAUCAAUCACCAAUACUUAGCAGCGGUUCAAAACUUAGAUGUGUUUCGGUACAGUGUCACUCAGAGAUUCAACUGAAACAAGAAUUGAGAAGAUUUAUUAAUGAUCUUACUCAGUUGGAAAUAUCGCUUGCAUCACAAACCUCAGAUCUUUCCCUGAAAUCUAUUUUGAUUGGAAUGGGAAGUUGCCACAUAGUCAACGAGACUCUUGGCAAGAGCUUAUCGCAGGGACUGUCGACCAAUGAUUCAAUUGCUUCUUUCCUUCCGGGUAACAAUUAUCCUUCUUGGUUAGCCUAUACAUCUGAAGGACCAUCAGUAUAUUUUCAAGUGCCCGAGGAUAGUGAUUGUGGAAUGAAGGGAAUAACUUUAUGUGUUAUUUAUUCAUCGACACUCGAAAACAUGGCAACUGAAUGUCUCGCUAGUGUUUUGGUCAUUAAUUACACAAAAUUCACUAUUCAGAUAUACAAGAGAGACACAGUAAUCUCCUUUAAUGAUGAAGAUUGGAAGAGUGUAGUAUCAAAUUUAGAGGUUGGUGACAAUGUAGAGAUUUUUGUUGCUUUUGGGCAUGGAUUGACCGUUAAGGAGACGGCUGUUUAUCUAAUAUAUGGUCAGUCAACUGCAAUGCAAAUUGAGCCAUCAGUUACUGUCGAAGUUGAGCCAAUACCUGAAGUGGCGGCGCAACUAUUACUUGAUGUGAAAACGGAGCCAUUACCAGGAGUGGAAGCGCAACUAUCACCUGAUGUGAAGAAAACGGAGCCAUCACCACCAGCUGUGGAAGCGCAACCAUCACCUGAUGUGAAAACGGAGUCGCCACUUACUGUCAAGACUGAGCCAUCACCAAAGCCAAAUGAGAAAAUCUUUGUAAGACUCGCAAAGAGCGUCAGAGUUUGUUUUUGCUUGAACCAGAGUCCAAAAUUGAGAUCUUAGCAAUUUUUUUAUUGGGAAUACCUUUGUCCCCAAUAUGGGAUUCCCUUGUAUGUCUUUUGUAAUAUUUUUUUUGUCAGAGAGGAUGAACAAUACUUGUGUUUUAUAUAUACACAGUAACACAGAUGAAGUGUUUUUCACAAGCUAACAAUUAUUACAUUUGUCUGACAGUGUAAUGUAAUUUUACACUCACAACAUAUUUUUGAAACAUUUACUCAGUAA